AUGAAGAUCUUCUUGCUUACCAGUCUUUGGGCAGCUGCCAUGGCCGCCUCGACCGCUGGAAACCCUUAUGAACUGGGUCCAGUGCCUCACUUGAAGAUAGGCAACGUCACCACCCAGGACGGCGUCGAACUGCGGUAUAUCCAGGCAGGCCCACCUUCUGGCCAGCAGCUGCUCUUCAUCCCUGGGUGGCGACAGACCGCUGCGCAGUGGAACAAACAGAUUGAAUACUUCUCUUCGGCGGGCUAUCGCGUAACAACCUACGACAUGCGCGGCCACGGCGACUCGGCCAAGCCAGACUUUGGAUAUCGUCUCAGUCGCUUUGGCGCAGACCUCAACGAUGUCAUAAACUCUCUGAGCCUCUGCGGCGUCAGUAUCGUCGCGCACUCUAUGGGCUCGUCCGUUACUUGGGCCUUCUGGGACCAGUAUCCUGCUCAGCGCAGGCGAGUUUCCCGCUUUGUCAUCGACGACCAAUCUUCAGUGUUGGUGCAGGACCCUACUUGGACGCAGGCGCAAAGGAAUACCUGGUCAGCAGCCUUAUUCUCGCCUGCACAAGUGUAUACAUUCUCGGCAAAUCUUACAAAUGAAUUGGUACCUUUCAUAAAGAGCAUGUUUACAUCCUCCAUUUCCCAGUCCGAUUUGGACUGGAUGAUUAAGCAGAAUAGGAAGAUGAGCGACGCCCAUGCCGCCACCCUCUUGAUCAACCACGCCUUUAUGGAUUGGCGAGAUGUCCUACCGAGGAUUGAUAUUCCUACGUUGAUUCUUGCAGGUGACGCAAGUCUCAACAACGCGACAGGCAUCACGUGGGCUGCGUCGCAGAUCCCGGGGGCUCAGAAGUAUAUCUUUACUAAGGCCGAAAAGGGAAGUCAUUUUGCGUUCUGGGAGAAUCCAGAACUGUUUAAUCAGGUCGUGGAGAGGUUUGUAACGUCCUGA